AUGGAAAAGUUGCUGAGGGGAAACCUGAGGAGAGGAGCGGGGCUCUUCCUCCUGAUGCUGGCUCUCGUACACGAGGCCUCGGGACAGAGAAGGCAGAAAGGACGCAGGAACAACGACAGGCUGAAUGACGAUGGAGGAAAUGUUCGGACAUGUUCACUGGAGGUGGCGUUCAUCGUGGACAGCUCCGAGACUGCAAAGACAUUCCUGUUUGAGAAGCAGAAGGCCUUCGUGUUGAGCUUCAGCACUCGCCUCCUUCUGCUGCAGGUGGCCGACUGGACGCUGAAGAAGCGUCUGGCUGUCCUUCAGUACAGCAGCACCGUGAUCGUGGAGCACAGCUUCUCUGCCUGGAAAGACCUGGAUUCAUUUCACAGUCAAGUCAGAACCAUGAACAACAUCGGCCACGGCACCUACACCACCUACGCCAUCACCAACGCCUCGCAGCUGCUGGUGCAGGAGACGCCGGCGGACAGCGUCAGGGUUGCAGUGCUGAUGAUGGACGGGGUCAACCAUCCCCGCAACCCCGAUUUGCUCACGGCCGCAGCGGAGGCCAAAGGUCACGGCAUAAAGUUCUUCACUGUGGGUUUGUCGAACAUCGGUCAGCAGAGUCAGAAUAACGCCAAGCUACGGGCCGUCGCCAGCACACCUGCUCAGCAGUUUGUCCAAAGUCUUCUGGAUCCUCAGCUGGAGGAGAAGAUGUUCAAGGAGAUGGGUGCGGUCGUGUUGGAUGGGUGUCAACAGUGUUUGUGUGAAAGCGGAGCGAGGGGCCCUCAAGGAAGUCCAGGUAGAAAAGGGGACGCAGGCUUCGCAGGGACACCUGGUGUAAAAGGAGCAAAGGGGGAGUCUGGCUUGAACGGUCAACCUGGAAGUGAUGGUUCAGAGGGUCAUCCAGGUCAUGAGGGAAACAAGGGGGAGAGAGGAGACUGUGGCACUCCGGGGGAAAAGGGUGACAUUGGACCUGAGGGACCGCCGGGCCAGCGGGGAACAAAAGGAGAACAGGGUGUAAUAGGACCACCAGGAGACAUUGGACCUGAGGGCCCAGCUGGAUCUAAAGGGGACCGAGGAUACAUCGGUGCUUCUGGACCACCAGGGCACACUGGUGUCGGAUUCCCAGGAGCCAAGGGUGAAAAAGGCCUUCAGGGAAGAUCAGGUCAAACUGGUCCUGUUGGUAUCGGAGAACCAGGACUACCAGGUCCACAAGGACCACCAGGAGCGCAAGGAAACCCAGGACCAAUUGGAGAAGGGCUUCCAGGGUCAAAGGGUGAUCGAGGACACGGGGGUCAGAAGGGCAAUCGUGGACUUCCUGGUGUUGGGGUCAUAGGUGGCCAGGGAAGUGCCGGGCUGCCGGGAUUUCCAGGUGAUGUUGGUCCUCCUGGUUUAGGACUUCAAGGAGAAAAGGGGGAUCAAGGCCCAGUCGGACCUACAGGCCCCAGAGGAGCUCAAGGUUUUGGAAUAACAGGACAAAGGGGGAACCAGGGCCUCCCAGGUGAGCCUGGGCUGACAGGUGAGAGAGGUGUCGGAGAGCCAGGACCGAAAGGGGACCUGGGGUCCGAGGGGCUACCAGGUAUACCAGGUGAGCGAGGUGAGGACGGAGACUCUGGACAAAAGGGCGACAUUGGGUUACCAGGACCUAGGGGACCUGAUGGGGUUCCUGGGAAAGGCGCACCUGGAGGGAAGGGAGACAGAGGGGACCGGGGGACCAGAGGACAGCCGGGUGCAGUCGGUCCUGUGGGGCCGAUGGGGUCAAAGGGGGAACCAGGAAUUAUUGGUCCACCAGGUGCAACUGGACCACCAGGGAGGGGUAUAGCUGGAGCCAAGGGAGAACCGGGCCUACCAGGUCCAGCUGGAAUUUUAGGAGAGACGGGGGUGGGUUUACCUGGACCCAAGGGGGACAGAGGGUCUGCCGGGUCUUCUGGGACCCCUGGACUUAAAGGGGACGGUUACCCCGGACCUCCAGGACUCAUAGGGACUCCUGGUCUGAGGGGAGAGACCGGAUCAGAUGGGGUCGGUUUACCUGGACCGAAGGGAGACAGAGGCUUCCCUGGACCUUCUGGACCUGCUGGGCCAGCUGGAGUUGGCCUCAUGGGUCCAAAGGGUUCAGUUGGCCAAAGGGGACCACCUGGUGCACAGGGUUUACCUGGAGAGGGCAUUCAAGGACAAAAGGGGGAGACUGGAUUUCAGGGGUUCACGGGCCCCAUAGGUCCUCCAGGACAAGGUCUGCAGGGGGACAAGGGGGAUCGAGGGUUCAGAGGUGAAAAAGGCAAAGGUGGAGACAAAGGACAACCAGGAGAGUUUGGAGCCAACGGACCUUUGGGUAGAAUGGGACAAAAGGGAGAGCCUGGACUUACAAGGGAAGAAAUCAUCAAAAUAGUGAGAUCCAUAUGCAGUUGUGGAGUGGUCUGCCACCAAACCCCCUUGGAGCUGGUUUUUGUGAUCGACAGCUCUGAGAGCGUCGGCCCGGAUAACUUCAAGGGGAUCAAAGACUUUGUGAACAACCUGAUCGACCAGGCCUCCAUCAGCCAGAACAGCACCCGGGUGGGUGUCGUGCUUUACAGCCACAUCAACAUGGUGGUGGUCAGCCUCAGUCAGGAAGUCACCCGUGACAAGCUCAAGUCCGCUGUUCGUUCAAUGACCUAUCUGGGCGAGGGCACCUUCACGGGCAGCGCCAUCCAACAGGCCAACCAGUUGUUCAAGGCGGCGCGGGCAGGUGUGAGGAAGGUGGCCAUCGUCAUCACGGACGGGCAGGCCGAUAAGAGAGACAAGGUCAGUCUGGAGAGAGCUGUGACAGAAGCCCGUCAGAGUGACAUCGAGACGUUUGUGAUCGGCGUCGUGAACGUGAGUGAUCCGCAGUUCGAGGAGUUCAAGAAGGAGCUCAAUCUCAUGGCCUCUGACCCCGACAGCGACUACAUUUUCCUGAUCAAUGAAUUCAAGGCACUUCCUGCUCUGGAGAAGAAACUGCUAAGUCGUAUCUGCGAGGACGGAGAACAACGUUUGUUCAGCUCCGUCCCGAGCUCCGGACUGCCUCCAGGAACCCCAGAGGUCUCCGGUAACGUUCGAGAGCCUCCGUACAGGACCGACACCGACACCCCCACCUUCACAGGGGACUUCAGGAGGGUUCAGAUGGUGCCCGGCCCUCCAGCGUCACAACCCGACAGAGAACCCAAGACGGACGACAGAGACACCUCAGAGACUCCCAGAUUUCCAUUAUUCGACAGGGAACCCUUCAGACCCGUCACAGAGUUAUUCCCAAAGUUUGACAUGAAGGAAAACAACGACCACGUGGUGAUGACAGGAGCGAUGGGGCCGGCGGGUCCCACUCUGAGGGCCCUGCCUGAGGAGAGAGAACAGCCAGCGAUGCCUCCGACUCCUCCAGCGCUGGCUUCUGACACCUACCCAUCAGCAGAGCGUUGCAACCAGGUGCUGGAUCCAGGACCGUGUCUGGACUACUCAGUAAAGUGGUACUACGACGCCACAGCGAACUCCUGUGCUCAGUUCUGGUUCGGAGGCUGUAAAGGAAACAGCAACCAGUUUGAGAGUGAGAAGAGCUGCAGAGAAACCUGCGUGAAGGUCUAACGCUCACAUGGACCUUUAGUCACGAACAAAUUUUUUUUGCCAAGAGGUUAAAAGAGGCAUCAUUAAACCGAAUUUGGUUUAAAUUGGGAGUUUUAAAAUUGUUCCGAAGGCUAAGUACUAUUAAUAUGUUUUAUUCCUGUAUGCCAGACAGAUUUGUGUAUUCAUUUUGUGAACCAA